AUGAAGGUGAUCACAGUCACGGCGCUUUUGGCCGCCGCAAUCGCGAAUGCGAACAUCAUCUUUACCUUCGUCCAGCCAACUUGUAGGCUCACAUCAACGGGACCGCGAGGAUGCUUCCGAGGCCAGACUUGCAUGCCGGAUAGCACAUGUGCGAUCUCGCCUCGAGGUCUGAUCGACAUCGCCUCUGUAGGCCCAUCACUUGCUGAUGCUUCCCCACCACGAGCUGAUGGCCCCUGCGGGAAGGACUUUGACGAUGCUACUUGCGAUCCAAAAGGCGAGUACGGAGGCUGCCGCAGUGCUACAGGCUGGUGCGGCGAUACCGAGGAUCAUUGUCUAAACAGCAAUGGCUGCCAGAACGGAUGCGCGAGCGAUGCACCAGACUCAGAUCCACCAGCUGAUGAACCCUCUGCAACCACUACCUCCAAGCCAGCCGGACCUGCGAGCGAGCCAGUCAUUGGACCACCUCCCACCAGCUCAGGACCCCAAGCUACUGGUGAAGCAACAACGGAUGGCUCGUGUGGCGCCUCAAAUGGUGGCACAAUCUGUGGCGACUGGGCAUUGGGAAGCUGCUGCUCAGCUUACGGCUUCUGCGGCAGUACGAGUAAUCACUGUGGUGAUGGUUGCCAAUCAGGUCCCUGUGACUCGCCACCAGUGCCACCGGCGCCGGGACCAUCACCUGCUCCCAGCAGUCCAAAUCCAGGCUCGUUUGACAAGAAAUACGGCGACUCCGGAGUACCUGCAAUGCAUGCCGCGCUCUUGCCGAACGGCCGUGUCGUGUUCUUGGACAAGGUUGAGGACUACAGCAAGCUCAAGCUGAGCAAUGGCGAGAAUGGUUUCAGCGCGGAGUAUGAUUCUGCCACUGGCGAUACUGUGGCGCUUGCGUACAAUACAAAUGCCUUUUGCUCUGGCGGCUCAUUCCUGGCCAAUGGAACGGUCAUGUCGAUUGGCGGCAACGAGCCUUUUGCUGACGACGACUCGGUUGGUGAUGGCUUCAAGGGCCUGCGGUGGCUCACACGCUCUGCCAUGGAUGCAUCAUUCGAUGGCCAAGAUUGGAUUGAGACUGAAGACACCUUGGACACUGCUCGCUGGUAUGCAAGCGUACAGACUAUGCCAGAUGGGACACUGUUUGUGGUCUCCGGCAGCUUGACUGGACUCGACCCAACCCAGGGCUAUAACAACAACCCCACUUACGAGAUACUGGACAAGGACGGCAUUUCUCACGGCGGCUCCAUCCCGAUGGAGAUUCUCGUCAAGUCCCAGCCGUACUACAUGUACCCUUUCAUGCACCUGCUGAACGACGGUACUGUGUACGUCUUCGUGUCGAAGAGCUCAGAGAUCUUUGAUGUCGCGGCUAAUGAGACUGUCAAGAAGUUCGACGAGCUACCUGGAGACUAUCGUACAUACCCCAACACGGGAGGCUCAGUUCUACUACCAUUGAGCUCUGGCAAUGACUGGGAAGCCGACGUCGUGAUCUGUGGUGGAGGAGUCUGGCAAGGUCUCGACUCGCCAACAGAUCCAUCUUGCGGCAGGAUCCAGCCACAAUCGGAUGACCCAUCAUGGGAAAUGGACAGCAUGCCAGAAGGCCGCGGGAUGGUGGAAGGUGUACUUCUACCUGAUGGCACAGUGGCGUGGGUCAACGGAGCAAGCCGUGGAGCUCAAGGCUUCUUGCUCGCCGAAGAUCCCACCACCACAGUACUUCUCUACGAUCCAUCUGCGGAGCUUGGCGAACGCUGGCAUACCGAUGCUACUAGCGACAUCCCACGGCUUUACCACUCCGUCGCACUCCUGAUGCUCGACGGCACUGUCAUGAUCGCGGGGAGCAACCCCGUCCAGAUGCCUGUGAUGCAGGAAGAUGCGACCGAUCAGAACUUUACAGAGUAUCGAGUCGAGACAUACAUCCCGCCAUACCUAUCUGGCGACAACGCCGAUCGCAGACCUACCGACAUCGUGGUCUCAAGCCUUGAUCUCGUCGCGGAUUCGUCCACGUUUGAGGUCAACUUCACAGCGCCGGAUGAUGCGAAGGAAGUGAAAGUGGCACUUUACCAUGGCGGCUUCGUAACACACUCUCUGCACAUGAGCCAUAGAAUGCUCUUUCUCGACAUCGAUGGGUUUGUGGAAGGAGAGAAGGAGCAGGAGAUUCAGGUGACGAUGCCGCCGAACAACAAUGUGGCACCUCCUGGACCGUAUGUUGUGUAUGUAGUUGUCGAUGGCGUGCCUGGGGUUGGGCAGUUCGUCAUGGUAGCUUGA